GUGGGGACACGGGAUGGGGCAGCAUGUAUAGAUAAAUUGGUAUGGAGAGUGCGGUAUUCACACUGUGCGGUAUUUGUUUAAUCUAUGUAUUGGGCGGUGACUGUAAUAUUUUACAUUGUUAUCUGGGGCACGCCCCUGCGGUUCCCAUGGUGAUGCGGAUUGGCAGCGCGGGGCGGAUGGCGGCUCUGACCUUCCCCGCAGUCUCGUCCUCCACAGCGGCCGCCCCGGGGCUCAGUAUCCCUCUGCCGGGCAUCAUCUUCCUGGCGGUCUCCCUGUAUCUGAUCGUGCUGCUGAUCCUGAUCCUGAUCCACCAGUGUCUGCAGGCUCGGGGCUGCUGCCCGUCCUGUAUGGGGUGGCAGAAGGUUGGCGACUUUGGCUUCUGUGAUAUGUGUGCGAGUUGCGCCCAGUCAUGUGACUGUAAGAUUCCCUCGCUGACCCGCUGUAUGGAUUCCUGCUGUCCUUCCAAGCCACUCUUUUGCCCGCAGAGUUGCGCCGGCUGCCGCGAUGUCUCCGGUUGCCCGUGCGGCUUCGCUUGCGUCUAUCAGCCUCCGGACUGCAGCACCAUCAACUGCAUCUGCUGCGAGAUCAAGAUGCGGUGACCUGAACCCCCCCAAAGUGUCAACAUCGCCCCCCAUCACUCUGGUGCCUUCAGUGCCUGUGCCCUUGGCUCCCUGUAGGGGGCAGUAUAGUGUUCAUCCCCUUCCCUGUGUACAGUGUUGGUAACACUCCAUUAUCGGGGCCCCAAAUGUCCGACCCCCACCCCCUCCUGUGUGUUUUUUUUUAUACAUUUUGUGUAUUUUAUUUGUAAUUUCGAUACUUUUUGUAUAUUAAAAAGCUAAUUUUAACC